GAUUAUGACUUGGAAACAGAUGUGAACAAAUUGAGGUCAAGGACAGUGCUUGACUGGCCAGAGGAAGAGCUUAGACAAUAUGAAGCAAUGUGUCCAGAACUUUCCCAUAAUUUUGAGGAGCUUGAAUCGGAAUCUGAGGAAGAGAAGAGCUUGGACAGGACUGAGAGUCAUUUCAUUCCAAGUGCUACUUCUGUGAAACAUCCAAACUAUACAUGGAGAAAAAGUGUCACAGAGAUGGGACCAGAUCCAAGGGAAAAGGAUUUCAAAGUCCCGCUGCAGAGCUGGACAAAGAAGGAGAAAUGCAGAUGGGAUCAAACUGAUGAAAAGAGGGAUGUUGCAGAAGCAGCCCAAGAUCCAGACUCCUGUGAAGAGGAAAAUCCAGUCAGGAGUCACGUGCUUACUUUGCGUCCUCUCCCAAAAGAUGCUGCUUGGUACAAAAAAGUGUUUUACCCUGAAUGCGAGGCCUCAAUCAAACCUAAUCCUGGAGGGAGGCUGGAGAGCUCAAACAUAGUGACAAAUCUUCUGCAGAAACACCAAGGGGAUAUUCCAUUCCAUAGCCCUGGUUUCUACAUAGCUAGGGCCAAAUGUGUUAAGUCCAUACCAGGCUACAACGACUUGGCGUUCCCUGAUUUCUGGGGUCACCAGCCACCUCCUUACAGCAAGCCCAUGUUGGAGCGCAAAUAUGGGGUCCAAAGGGACAAAGUACUAGAUGAUAUUCGGCGCUUAAUCCAGCCAGGUGAUGUGAUAGGCAGAACUGUUUUUGAUUUAGAGCAGCCCAGUCACUCAAGCCAAGGUGCCCCAAGCUGUCUGACAUUCUUCUCCAAGUUUGAAUCUGGAAAUCUUCGCAAAGCCAUCCAAGUGCGUGAGUUUGAGUAUGACCUAAUUAUGAAUGCAGAUGUCAACAGCAACCAGCAUCACCAGUGGUUCUACUUUGAAGUCCGUGACAUGAAACUAGCAGUUCCCUAUCGCUUCAACAUUAUAAACUGUGAGAAGUUCAAUAGCCAAUUUAAUUAUGGCAUGCAACUGGUCAUGUAUUCAGUGAAGGAAGCUCUCCAGGGCAGGCCUCGCUGGCUUCGGGCAGGCCAUGAUAUCUGCUACUACAAAAACCACUACCGCUGCAGUGCAGCUGCAGGAGAAGGUGUGAGAGGAAAAUUCUACUACACGCUCACCUUCAGCAUCAAGUUCCCUCAUAAAGAUGAUGUCUGUUACCUGGCUUACCAUUACCCCUAUACCUACUCUACAAUGAUGUCCCAUCUCGAUACCCUGGAACAAAAUAGGAACCCCAAGAAGGUUUACUGGAGGCAGCAGACGCUCUGCGAGACACUAGGAGGAAAUUCAUGCCCAUUGCUCACGAUCACUGCCAUGCCAGACUCUAAAAAAAGAGAUGACUUGGAGCAAUUCU